AUGAUGAUGGAUAAUGCAGUAGAGGUGAUAACCUCGGCAAAUUCUUCUUUGUUGUUAAAAGACAAAGAUAAAGAUGCAUCACUACUACUCUCAAAGGACAAUAUUGAUGAUGAGGAAGAUGAGGAAGAAGAAUCAGGUGCCGAUAGAGGAAAAGCAAAGAAAGAGGAUGAUGUCAAGAUGUCAGAUGAUCAUCUCAUCGAUGAUGACAGAGACAACAACAAGAAUAAUAAGAUGACAAUAGAUGAUGAGAAUGAAGACGACGAACAUCAAUUACCUCGCGACAAGGACGACCCAGACGACAUCGACACCAAGGAUACUUCUUCUAAAGCUAAAGACACUGACAAUGAGGAUACUUCAGCCGAUGGAGAGGAUGACAGCGACCGUCCAAUGGUUACAAACACCACCAGUUCGUUACUGGCAGCGGCGGCAGCAGCGGCAGCCGCAUCGUCAGACCAAGAAAAUAACCCAGCCAGUGGUGGCGAGUCAAUUGGCAUGGAAUAUAUUUCAACCAACGAUCCAACCAAAAUCAAGAUAUCGUUAAAGUCGAGCUCGACCAACUUUGCUCCAGUCAGCAGCGAUGGAGAGGGUGGCGACGAUGCAAAGUCAAUGGCGUCGGCCAAAGAUGACGAUGAAGAGGAGGAGAUUAUCAAUCAAAAUGCAUCGUCAACUGCCGCCACGAGAAAUGGCACUGGCAAUGGCAUCUCGGACGCCCUCGCAAAGAGCGGAUCAAGCAGCCGUCCAUACAACAUCAAGUCGUCGCUUGACUUUACGCGGUUCAAUAACUCUAAUAUCCAUUUUGGAGGUGAUAGCGAGGGUGACAAGUUGGAUGGAGAACUGUCAGACGACCAACCAGUCGGUGCACAAAUACAAACCCACUCUCAUACACAACCUGCAGCACUGCAUCAAAGAGAUAGUAGAAACAGUAUAAACAAUCUAAAUAAUAGUGACUUGAUGGAUGAAGACGAGCCGUCCAUGACAAUGACCACAACCACCACCACGACAACCUCUACAAGUAACAAACAUAUCAUGUCACCUCAUCCAAACAAGGCACUAUCAUCGUCGUCUGGUAACAAUCGAACAUAUAGUUCUACAUCGUUGUUGGAUGCUGACAAGGAAGUGAUUCAAAUACAACAACAUCAGCAGCAAUUGCUGCUCCAACAACAGCAGGCCAGUGGUGGCCGUCCACCUACUCCCCAGUACCCCCAACAUUUGUAUGUUCCUCCUCCUCCAUCAAAGUCUAAUCAAACUAGUCAGAAUCAAAAUCAUGCUGCUGUUUUAAUGAUGGAGAGACAACAACAACAUCAACAUCAACAACAACAAAUAUUAUUACAACAACAACAACAACAUCAACAACAACAACAACAGCAACAACAACAACAACAACAUCAACAACAAAGAGGUAGAAAGAGAGCACAAUCAAUGGAAGAAAAAUAUAAAUCAACACUUUAUCCUCAACAACAACAACAACAACAACAGCAACAACAACCACAUUCAAAUACAAAAGAAAAAGUAUUCUAUCAAUAUGUUGGUCCGCAUCAACAAAUGUCGUCAACUACACACCAGUUAUUUAAUAAUCAACAACAACCACUUCAACAACAACAACAACAACAGCAACAACAACAACAACAACAACAAACACAACAACAAUUACUUCAACAAUUGAAUGGAUUUGGCUCUGGAUUGAGCAGCAGCAGCGGCGGCAUCGAAGAAUCCUCUAGUGUAAUACCACCAGAACAACUUGUUGGAAAGAGAAGGAGAAAUCCAAUGCCACCACUUCCACAAGCACCUCAACAUCUUAUGGUUGAUGAUGAUUCUGUGGCUGCGGGGUUUGAAACCUCAAAUGGCAUUCGUAAUCUCAUGAUCAAAGUUGAACGAAUGGAGCGAGAACGUGAAGCAUUGAUCAAUGAGAACAAGCGAUUGAAAAAAGAAUUGGUCGAAUUGGAAACAAUUGGACAAAGGGCAACAAUAUCAAUCAGCCAACUUUUGGAUGAUACAUCUCGUCUUAAAAGUAGUAAAGAUAUUCUAACCAAUCGUAAUGCAUUGUUACAACAAACCAAUGAAAUCAUUCAAACUCAAUUGAAAACUUUAUUAUCUUGUUGUUCUCCUACUCAUAAUUAA